CUCUCUCUCACACACACACACAUAAAACUUGCAGCAGAGGAUACCAUCAACAAGUAGGCAAAUAUCAACCAGAAGCCCAAAAACGAAAAAUCAUCACAUAAAUUAAAAAAACAAGAAAAAAAAAAAGGAGGAAAUAAUGCCAACAAUAACGAAGCUCUACUCAAUGGAAGAAGCGUCUCAGCACAACACGAGCGAGGAUUGUUGGAUCGUUAUUGACGGCAAGGUUUAUGACGUUUCAAGUUAUUUGGACGAGCAUCCAGGUGGAGAUGAUGUCUUACUUAGAGCCACCGGAAAAGAUGCCACAGAAGAAUUUGAAGAUGCCGGGCAUAGUAAAACUGCAAGGGACCAAAUGGAGCAAUUUUUCAUUGGGGAACUCGAUCAGUUGCCACCUCCUAUUCCCGAGCUCGAGAUUGUACACAAAAAGCAAGAAUUUAAAGAGCGGUUUGAGAAUGUGCUGAACCUGAGCAAACAAAACUGGGUUUUCCCUGUUGCUGUUGUUAGCUUAUCAGUGGCUGUUGGUGUCUUAUACCUAAAGAGGAAGUAGAAGAUGUGGGAUAUUUUUCAUUUUUUCAUGGCUUCACACCAUAUUCAAGUUUUGAUUUUUAUUAUAUUUAUUAUUUAUUUUUAUUGUCAUCGUAGGGGUUAAAAUAUUCUUAUUUCUAGAGAUUUAAAUUUUGGAUUUUGAUUGUGGUGAUUGUGAUUUUAAAUAUUGUAUUCUAAAUGGAGCUUUAAAUUUGAGCAUCCCUUUUCUUUGGUUGAUUUUGUGGUGAUCUUCAUAUCUGAAGCAUUCGUUCGGAAAUUCUUGAUACAUAC